UCUGAAGGUAUGAUUGAGAACCACCAGACUCUAUUUAGCCUUCAAACUGAAUGCAGAAGUUUGUUAUCAACAUGGGGACUCUUAGAGAAAGAAUAAUGCUUUUAAUACUCGUCUCCGCUAAUUUCUAUCGCUCAUUUGCAAGGGACAUCAUAACUCCAACUCAGUCCUUGGCUGAUGGCGAAAAGCUAGUCUCUGCUGGUGGAUCCUUUACUCUAGGCUACUUCAGCCCCAGGAAGACAGCCAACAGGUAUGUUGGCAUUUGGUACAACAAGAUUACAGAACAAACCGUAGUCUGGGUUGCCAACCGUGAAAAACCGAUUACCAGCAACACAACAAGCCUAAUAAUCAAUUCUCAAGGUACUCUUUCCAUCACUGAUCAAAACUCCACUGUCAUUUGGUCGAUGAAUUCAACUACUGUGAAAAAUCCUAUUGCCCAGUUACUAGAUUCUGGCAAUUUCGUUGUUAAAGACGCUAACAGUAAAAGUGCUGAUAGCUUCUCCUGGCAAAGCUUUGAUUACCCAACGGACAGUUUGCUCCCAGGGAUGAAGUUGGGUUGGAACCUACAAGCCCAUGUGAGCCACAACCUCACAUCAUGGAAAUCUGACUCAGAUCCUUCCCCAGGACCAUUUUCUCUUGCUAUCGACAUCCGUGGAGGUCGUGAACUAACACAGUUUGAUGGCUCAGAUCAAAGCUGGAGAUCAGGCUUGUGGAAUGGUAUUGAAUUCAAUGGCAUCCCUGAUCUGAAAACUUAUGGUGACUUCAUUUUAACAUUUGUUAACAGCACAGAUGAAGUUUAUGCUAGUUACCGAAUGGCCAAUCCAUCGACAAUAGUGAGAAUAAUAAUGAAUUAUACUGGCCGUACGGAACGCUAUAUUUGGAUAGAUAGUUCUAAUGCGUGGAACUUAAUUUGGUCCACACCAGAUAGUCGAUGUGAUCCAUAUAAUUCCUGUGGAUCUUAUGCUAUAUGCCAUUCAAAUUCCUUGCCAGUGUGCCAGUGUUUGCCUGGGUUUGAACCAAAGUUUCCUGAUGACUGGGCCAAAAGAGAUACAUCUGGUGGAUGUAUAAGGAAGACUGACUUAGAUUGUGCAAAUGGGGCUGAUGGAUUCAUGAAGGUGAGCAAUGUGCUGUUGCCUGAUUCACUGGUGGCAAAGAUUUAUGCCGGAAUGAGCCUUGGAGAGUGCCGAGCUAAUUGUUUGAGAAAUUGUUCAUGUGCUGGAUAUGCAAAUUCUGAUGUGCGUAAUGGUGGAAGUGGGUGUGUAAUGUGGGUUUCGGAGCUCAAUGAUAUUGUGCAGCUUGGCGAUACUGGACAGGAUCUCUAUUAUCGGUUGGCUGCUGCGGAUAUAGCUGCGGUUCCUUCAACGGACAAGUCACACAACAAGAGUAAGGCAACAAUCGCAAUCAUAGUGAGUCUUGUUUUGGGGGCGCUGAUGCUUGCUUGUAUUAGUUGUUGCGUUUGGAGAAAGAAGGAAAAAUGGAGGAGAGAGAACUUGAAAGAAGAAAGUAUUGAAGAUGAAGACAUAGAACUGCCACUGUAUGGUCUGGAUAUUGUAAUUUCUGCAACAGACAAUUUCUCAACAGAAAACAAACUUGGGGAAGGUGGAUUCGGCCCAGUUUACAAGGGUAAACUAUGCGAUGGACAAGAGAUUGCUGUGAAGAGACUUUCUAAAACAUCAAUUCAAGGUACUGAUGAGUUCAAAAAUGAGGUUUUGUUGAUUGCGAAGCUCCAACAUAGAAAUCUUGUUCGGCUUCUUGCGUGUUGUACACAAGGAGAGGAGAGAAUGUUGAUAUAUGAGUACAUGCCCAACACAAGUUUGGAUGCCCUCCUUUUUGAUAAAGCUGAAAGCAUAAAUGUGGAGUGGCGCACUCGGUACCAUAUUAUUAUAGGCAUUGCUCGUGGGCUUCUUUACCUUCAUCAAGACUCGAGAUUUAGAGUUAUCCACAGGGAUUUAAAAGCUGGUAAUGUUCUUCUUGAUAGAGAAAUGAACCCCAAAAUUUCAGAUUUUGGCCUGGCAAGAAUAUUUGGUGGUGACGAGGCAACGACAAGGACAAAAAGAGUGGUUGGAACAUAUGGAUAUAUGUCUCCUGAAUAUGCAAUGGAUGGGGUUUUCUCUGUCAAGUCUGAUGUAUUCAGCUUUGGGGUUUUAGCACUGGAAAUUAUAAGUGGACAAAAAAACAAGGGCGUUUUCCUAUCAGAGCCUCAGGCUAACCUCUUAGGAAAAGCAUGGAAUUUGUGGAACGAAGGCAAAGGAAUUGAACUGAUAGAUCCAACGAUAGGUUCUGACUUCUCAUAUGAUGAAGUUAUGAAAUGUAUAAAAGUUGGACUCUUGUGUGUGCAAGAAAACCCAGAAGCUAGGCCAACAAUGUCAUCAGUAGUUCUCAUGUUAAGUGACGAAAGAGAUGCAUCAUUUUGCGAACCUCAGCAACCAGGAUUCACAGGAAGAAGAGAUCUAUCCUGUCCACAUUCAUCCUCAACUAACAGAGACUCAACUGGCAUUAAUGAUAUAUCACUUUCUAUUGAAUUAGGUCGAUAAAUGGAUUUUAUUGAUUAUCACCGACCAAGAGGAGCUUAACAACGCAGGGGGAGAGGAGAUGCCAUAGUUCGGGAUGUUUUGGAUGCAGAGAAGGAUUUUCUCCCUUGAAAAAGGAAUGUGAUGGAAAUAUUUGCAUUUACCCUCUCGAGAAGAUGACUUAUCAUUGAUUAACGGGAAAAAAACUACCUAGUAUUUGCUCAUGUAUAACAAAAUAAUUAUGCAGUGACAAGAUCAUUAUGAAGUGAAACUUCGUUAUUCUUUGCACUUUAAUUCUGUGUAUUAGAGCAAGGUUGAUUAAGAGUUCUGCAGAACAAU